CCCUCCACGAAGGUUCCGCUUCCAGCAUUUUCUGUGCACGGCGGAUAAACGCGAGAGCACCGCCCCGGAGAGCCAGCAGCAGCCAGAGGCUUCUAGAAACAACGUGUACCGGGACAGUCGCCGGCAAACAGACCCGCUCUCUGCACAAAACGUUGCACGUUGUAACUUUUCUUAUCAUUUAGCUCAGUAAAUGGCUAAGUGGGGAGAAGGAGACCCUCGCUGGAUCGUAGAGGAGAGAGCCGACGCGACUAAUGUUAACAACUGGCACUGGACCGAACGAGAUGCAACAAACUGGUCGUCAGACAAAUUGAAAUCGCUGCUCCUCGGGCUCAGCGUGGAGAAUGAGGAAGGGGGGUGCGAGGUGACAGAAGUCAGCAAGGUGGAAGGAGAGGCCUCGAUUAACAACCGCAAAGGGAAACUUAUUUUCUUUUAUGAGUGGAACCUGAAAGCUACUUGGACUGGAAAGUCAAAAUCGGGGGUCAAAUAUAAAGGAACCAUUGAAGUUCCAAACCUGUCUGAUGAAAACGACAUGGAGGAUCUUGAUAUUUCUGUAUCGUUGAACAAAGACGAACCCGACACGCCACUGACCAACCUGAUGAAAACAAAAGGGGCCGAGAAAGUCCGCGAAGCCCUGGGAAGCUACGUGGGGUUCUUAAAAACAGAGUUCACACAGGGAAUGAUCCUGCCCACAGCCAACGGUGUGGCCAAGCUGCAGUCCACAUCGCAGUCCAAAGCCAAGCAGGAUAAAACUCAGAUUUCCUCCUCGGGCAGCACAGCUGCUCCAGUCAACACCGGCGUCAAGAUCCCCACCUGUAAAUUCAGCAUGAGAGAAACGUUCCUCACCUCACCAGCUGAACUCUACAGGGUCUUCCUCAACCAGGAGAUGGUCCAGGCGUUCACACACGCUCCGGCCACGGUGGACGGAGAGAGGGGCGGAAAGUUUCGUCUGUUAGAAGGAAAUGUUUUCGGUGAAUUCACGGAGCUGGUACCCGAUGAGAAAAUAGUCAUGAAGUGGAGGUAUAACAACUGGCCCUGUGAGCAUUACGCGACGAUCUCGAUGACCUUCUUGGACCGGAGCAGCGAGACGGAGCUGAAGGUGGAGUGUCGAGGCGUCCCCGACAGCGAGGAGGAGCGGACGAAAGAGGGCUGGAAGAGAUACUACUUCGAAGCUAUUAAACAGACUUUUGGCUAUGGUGCGCGACUCUUCUGAAGACGGUGUGCGUGUAGUACCGUUCUUCUUUUCAGUUUUUCUAUUUUUAAACUUAUUGUCCUUCGAUCUCUCUGGCACAAGAUGUCCUAUUGUAAACUCAUAGCACGAGUCAACGAGAGCGAUGAAAUGGGUGAGGUCAGUCUGUCACCUGUGUCUGUGUAAAUGUUUUAAUUUCUGAACAUAUUUAAAUCUAGUUCUUUUCCCCCUUCAGUAUUCGGGUCAGUUGUUCAAAGGAGCGUAAAUGGACUGUGCCUUUGGGACUGUGGAUGGAAAACAGAUUAAUUAAAGCAAAGGAGAAUUUAUUGAACCACUAAUGCAAAUUGGCCUCUACUUCUAUAAAUAUGUAAUUAUUGCAAGAGUUAAAAAUAAAUGUUGGUUUUCUUUUAUUUGAAAAACAAAAAAUGA